CUUCAUACCUUGCUCGUCAGCCCGGAUAAGAUAACGCCCAUCUGCACGGGCCACGCGAAGCGUUCGAGCUCCUCCCACGGCAGCCAUGGUCACCGCCACCACCUCCCCGCUCUUCUCCCUCUCCUCCCUCCGCGCCUCCCUCCCUUCCCCCACCCGAUUUCACACGUCUCUCUCGCUCCGAGCCCUCUCCCCACGUGCUCGUCUCUCUGCCGCCCUCCCUUUCGCCUCCCCACUCGUUUCAGGCGGGUACGGGACCUGGGCGGCGACUUCAAUCUCGUCCGCGGGAAGGUUGAGACGGCGGGGGCUGGAGGUGGUGUGCGAGGCCACGACCGGGCGGCGGCCGGACUCGGUUAAGAAGAGGGAGCGCCAGAACGACAAGCACCGCAUCCGCAAUCACGCGCGCAAGGCCGAGAUGCGCACUAGGAUGAAAAAGGUCUUAAGAGCUCUUGAAAAGCUUAGGAAGAAACCUGACGCGCAGCCUGAAGAAAUAAUUGAGAUAGAGAAGCUGAUCGCUGAGGCAUACAAAGCCAUCGACAAGACGGUGAAGGUUGGCGCCAUGCAUAGGAACACGGCGAACCAUCGGAAGUCUCGACUGGCAAGGAGGAAGAAGGCCAUCGAGAUACUCCGUGGUUGGUAUGUCCCAAACGCUGAACCUGUCGCUGCCACCUAGGAUUCUUGAGAAAUCGCUAUCAUGUGUCAGCUUUUCAUUUUUGGGCGACUAUGCUAUUCACGGGUCUCAACAGCUUGCCAGGUUCUCUAUUGAAAUGGUCUGUUCAUACCUUUUCUGCUAUGCGUUUGCUCUGUACUAGCAGUUUGACUACUGGCUAGAAUGGGCAGCUCUUCUCCCCUGUUUCUGUUGUUAUUCGCCUCAACGUUGUAAAACUGAAUUCAGAAAAUUUUAAAUAUAGCUGUCAUCUGGU